AUGGUACCAAGAAGAGUGGCAAUAUAUCUGGUAAUGAUUUCUGCAAAGGAAGAGCCGGAUGUCACUAUUCCUCCUGCUGUGGAUGGAUUGCUAAGGAUUCACAACCGCAUCGUUGAUGCAGACACUGAUCCAACUCAUGCUAUAGCUGGUGGGACAGUUUGCACAAGGCUACUUGUGGCGGCUACACAAGCUGGAAGCUUAAUUGGGAAGCAGGGUGCUACUAUUAAGUCUAUUCAAGAUGCUUCACACUGUACAAUCCGGGUGCUUGGAGAAGAAAACCUUCCAGUUUUUGCUCUACCGGAUGAUAGUAUUGUUGAGAUACAAGGAGAGGCCACUGGAGCGCACAAAGCAGUUGAAUUGAUUGCAACCAAUCUGAGGAAAUUUUUAGUUGAUCGUAGUGUGAUUGGAGUUUUUGAAAUGCAAAUGCAAAUGCCGAAUGCUCGAACAAAUCAGAACAUGCCCCCACCCCAAUCCUGGGGUGGUCCUCCUCAAGGUUUUCCAAUGAAUGCUGGUGGUGGACCUGGUUUUGCACCUAAUCCUCAGUAUAUGCCUCCUCCACGCCAGUUUGACAAUUAUUAUCCAUCAGCAGACAUGCCUCCUUUGGACAGGCAACCUCCUCAGGGGCCGCCUGCAUAUGGCAGAGAUGCAUCUAUGGGAGCUCAUGCAAGUGUGCAGCCACAGCAGUCAAUGGUUACAAAGGUCUCGCAGAAUAUGCAAAUUCCUCUAUCAUAUGCAGAUGCUGUUAUUGGCACCUCUGGUGCAAAUAUUAGCUAUAUUCGUCGUGCCAGUGGUGCAACUAUUGCAAUACAGGAAACGAGGGGUGUUCCUGGUGAGAUGACUGUGGAAAUAAAUGGAUCAGCAGCGCAAGUUCAAACAGCUCAACAGUUGAUACAGAAUUUUAUUGCUGAUGCUGCAAAUGCUACACAGAACCAUACUGGUGGACCACCUGGCCAAGGUUAUAAUUCAUAUCAUCCUAAUGGUCCUGUUUAUGGAUCUCCACCAUCUGGUGCCACUGGCCAUACCGGCCAUGCACCAGCUGGAGACUAUGGUUCUGUCUAUGGAACCAACUAUGGUUAUUAA